AUGUCUAUCGACAUGAAUCAGCAUCUAAAAGAAGGUAAGUAUAAAAGAAUUUCUUGUUGCCAAAGAGAAAAAGAUUUCAGCAAUUAACGUUGUGCGGUUAGUUUGCCGCAGUGACGCUUACCAAGCAAUAAUUGAGCCCCAAUUUACGUUAUUUUCGGUCGCUUUUACACCAAAACGAGUUCAUGGGGAAAUAUUAAACAGUUAAUUGUCUUUCAAAGCAUUAAAACUUUCUGUACACACUUUGAUAGAAGCGACAUCUAAAAGAUACAAAUAUAGGACAGAGUUCCCCGGGACAACCGAUGCCUCUUAUCAUACUUGGAGCUAUGUACAUCUCGCUGACAGUAAACAAAAUCCAUAGAUUUGUGGAGUUUGGUUUCUGUUUAAAUUGUAUCGUAUCUUCGCAGUGAUACUGAAAGAGGGGUGGCCGCUGAGUGGUACUAGUUGAUCGGGUUAAGUCGUUGUAUUUUAGUUAGAAGUUCCUUUGAUGGGCAGCAGUUAUCGUUGGGCCCAUCGAAUGCAACUGUGAUGUAAGUGUAGUGGACGGGACUGGAAGUGACUACGCAGGGCUCUGUACGUCGGCGCCAUAUUGAUUAAUCGAUUAACCGAGAUCUCAUCGGAGGCCCAGGCUGUAGUAAAUUCUCGGCAUGUUUUGUUUCCGAUGUGGGCAAAUAUUUUGGUGGCUGCAAAGUUAAACUCGUGAUCCAUUUCGUAGGUGUGGGCGGCUACUUGUGAUAAUGCGUCGCCUCGUCGCACAGCCAGGUUAUGUUCACGUAUGCACGAUCCGAGCAUGCGUUCAGUCACCUCCAGUCCUGCGCCCUCGGUCGAUAAUUGGCCGAUAACUUUCGCUUAUUCUGUUGCUGCUACUACCUCUGGCGAUGGACUCUUGUACGAGUCUGAAAGCUCAGGACAAAAAACAAGGUGUUCCGGUGCUCGACUCUUUUUCUGCACUUAAGCAUACACCUGGAACUUCACAGUUUACCUUCAUUCGUGAAACAUCAAUAUUCCUGAUGUUUCCACCAAUCACAUGAAACUGUGAUGUGAGUGUAGUGGCCAUCGGUGUUCCACGAAGAGAAACUUCUAUCCAAGUGCAAACGCAUCUUGAGCUCCUGAACCUUAUCUACCCAUUCGUCAUUCCUUCUUUCUAGGUGAUCCCGAGCCCACCGUUAAUCCGGAAAAUAUCACACUCUAUGAGAUGCACUUCUGCCCCUUCUGCCAACGCGUUCGAUACACUCUGGAUUAUCAUCAAAUACCGUAAGACACAAGACUAAACUUUUUGAGUUAUAUUUUAAUCAUCUGCAUUGUAGAAACUUCACAUUGACCCAACUGUGAAAAACUCGGCACCUCGGUGGGAUUCGAACCCACGCAGUAAGGGGAAGGCUUUAGUACAGCCAACGCUCUAACCACAUUAGCUAUGAGUUGGGUCAAUAUGAAUUAUUCAAACUCUGCCAAACAUCUAUGAAUGUACGCAAUAUUUCAUGUAGGAGUUUUCAGCCAGGCGAUGCAUACAAUGAAUUUUAUUAUUGAGACGAUGAAAUAGUUUUUUUGAAUUUGAGCAGCCGUCCUUGUCUUUUUUGAGGUUGCGAACCCUGAAAUAGAGUCUAGAUAGGCAGCGCAGGUGAAUGGCUCGUGUCACUUCAUAAGACGCAUAACCAGCCUUAAUUCCUUGCCGAUUCUUCCAACAUGAAAGAUGAGUUGUCGGCAGUUUGCAGUAAAGAGGAAGUAUUACUAUUCAUUCAGGCAAGUAGUAACCGGUCACAAAUGUGACUUAGGUCUAGGCAUGGGAAUGGAGACAGAGGCUACAAAUCAUUAUAAACCAUCUGGCGAACCUAAAACUAUCGCGGUGCACAAAAGUCCAUGGCUUGAAAGGUUGCCAACUGACGCGAUAAUCUGCAACUCACAAUCACUCCAGUGUGCGUUUGUUUAGAGUGGCUAACUGGUGGUCUGCAAUGACUCCUUCGAGAUGUGACCUUUAUGGCUCUCCAACCUAAUAGUAUCCGAAAGAGGUGUGGUGACUCGCCUAGGGACGGCUUCGGUUCCGCCAGAUACCCGCCUCUCUCCUGCCUCCAAUCUUUCUAAUUGAAUUUUCACACUUGGCACAGAUGGGUGAUGAGAAUAGGGUGCGGAAUGCUGUGCAGGCCUACUAUCAUUCUUGCAGGAAUCGCGCGAAAUUUCCUGUGGAGCCAACAGAAGACAUAAUCGAUCACGAUGGUCAAAUUGUAUGUGUCCUGCAUUAAGAUGUUCUUCAGACCCCUCAAAGAUUAUUUUUGUAAGUACAGUAGAUGAGCUUACUCAUGAAAUGUCAACCAAAACUUCGAAAUGCGUUCUCCCUUCAAAAAGAUUAAUCAAUAAAAGUUGUAAAACUAAUCACAAUGCAGCAUAAUUCUAUAAUUAUUCAGUUACCUCAGCGUAACUUCUUUUUAAUGAACGUAUUUCCGACUGCGUGUAAGAACUGCGCUCUACAAAAAAUGUCUACUCAGGGAGCAUGCGAUUUCCUCAUUGAAUUUUGAUGCCCUUUAAAAUUAAAUUUUAUUUCACGAAAAAAUGCACAAAAUGUGUACUCUUCUGUUUAUUUAAUAGAAAAUAACGUAUUCUUUCAAGUUCAUGCUCGAAGAAGGAGUAUAAUUUGGUUUCAAUGAAAUCUCUAAUUGUGAAACCGUAUAAUACCGCGAAAUGGCCAUUCACAAAACGUCGUGUGUCUGCAUUUACCAAUGUGGCUUCUAAAGUUAACAAUAUGGAACGAGUCCACUGCUAAGUUUUAUGAACCCUAUAUAGUCUCCACCUAAUGCCGUGGAGAAAUGAGUGCUUUUGCGUAUGCAAAAAAUAUGCGGUUGUAGUUUUGAAGCCCGUUAUCCAAAUGUAGCGGUAGAGCGCUGUCAACUUUAUUCGGGAAUCGAAAAAGUUGUUUAAAACCGAAUCAUUCCAUUUCUUCGAGCAUAAAGUUAGAAGAAUACGUCGUUAUCUACUGAAAGAGCAAAAUAAUGAGUAUUUUAUGCAUGUUUUCCAUGAAAUAUAAUUGGAAAUUUUUGGGCAUCGAAAAUCAGUGAGAAAAAUUGCAUGCUAUUUAAGUAGUCAAUUUUUACAGAGUGUAGAUCUCGCAUGCAGCCGAAAGGAGGUUCUUUCGAAAGCUGACACCCUAAGGUAACUGGUUCAUUAUAGAUGUAUGCUGCAUCAUGGUUAUUUUUACAACACUACUUAAUUCCUCUUUUCGAAACGAGGACGCAUGUCGAAAUUUUGGUUGACAUUUCAUGAGUUAGCACAUCUAAUGUAUCUAUCUAAGAAUUCCUUAAUUGUCUCUUAUCUGAUAACGCCAAAAUCACAAUUUGCCCAUUCUCUUAGUGACCCAAAUGAAAUCGACGUAAUUCCCUAGGUGUGGUGUAUUAGGCAUCUUCUGUAAACUGAUAUUAAAUCUGCCAAAUUAUUGGGAGUCAGCGGGAAUAUGUGCAGCAGAGGGUUUUGACGAACAGCUGCUUAGUUGAGCUUCUCUCCUCCGUGGAAUGCCACUGGACUACAAAUGAACGCUAACCGCUGUCGUCUGCCUCAUCUGAGAACGUUCACAUUAUCGACACCUUUUGGAGUCCCCAGUAUCUCAAAGCUUGACUCUGUCGUGAGACGUCGACAAAAAAGACCGCCAUGGAAAAGAACUGGGCAACAACUGCGCCUCCAAACGCAAAGGGCAUUUUUAAGCGUCGCUCUGUGUGCGGUGUGUGUGUAUGUGGUUUUGCGUACACGGAAAAUAUACGGCUUGUAGUUUUGAAACCCCGAAUGCAAGUAUAACAGCAGGUCGAGUUCAAAAUUAUUCGGGAAUAAGAAAAGUUUUUUAAAACCGAAUUAUACCCUUCUUGCGAUACUAAAACUGGAACGAAAUGUGAUUUUCUACCGCAUAAGUAAAAUGAUAGAUACUUUAAUGCAUGUUUUUCACUGAAUUUUCAAGGACGUCUAAAAUCGAUGAAAAAAGUGAAUUCAAAUUAAAUAUUCAUUUGUGCAGAGUAUGGUUUUUACAUGCAGUCAAAAAUAAAUUCAGUUGAAAGCCGGCACGCUGAGGUAACUGGAUUAUUAUAGAAUUAUGCUGCAUAAUGAUAAGUUUUGCAACACUUCUUAAUUAAUCUUUUCGAAAGGAGACAGCAUUUCGAAGUUUCGGUUGACAUUUUAUGAGUAAGCCUGCUUACUGUAAUUGUUUGUUUCUUCCGUAUCUCGAUGUUGAGUGUCCAUUAAAUUGUUUGCUUAAUAGAACAUACUGUGAUUGUUUACUACCAGGUAUGACCGCAUAUUAAUCAACUUGAGCUCAAAGCCCAGUUGGUAUCUACGGCUGAACCCGUCGGGAAAGGUUCCGUUGCUGCUGCAUCGAGGUGAGAAAAUGGUUGAGUCGGAUGUUAUCAUGAAGUAUGUCGACCAAAUCAAGGGUCCCGAAACUUCUCUACUGAGCAUUUGCGGCGAGGGAGGUUUUAAGGAGUCGUUGGACUUAUCGUCUGCCGUGAGUCUAAUGACCUUAGAGCAGUUCAUGCAGGCUGAAAAGUGAAAGCGUUUUUCGAUUUAUAGGCUUUAAGUAGUCUAGAUGAUAUUUCCUUUUAAUUAAGUUUUAGUAUCCUUUUAGUUUUUGAGUAGUUGCGUUAUCGUCGUCAUCACAAAAAUGCAUCAUCGGCAGGAAUAUUGCUCCCAUACAGGAUUGUAAUAACAGUAUUAGUGUUUAUUCCUGUCUCUGCACCCAAGCAAUCACUAUAUUUAUAACCGAAAAUACGAUAAAAAUGACCACCGCGAUCGCAAUCAUCUUGUCUUGUGAGGACCCUUGUGCGGGCUGAUGGGAAAUCUGAGCUCUUCGAUGUGCCUUGUAGAUCAAGGCUUAUCAGCUAUAUGACCUCAUGAACUUGGAAAGAUUGAUUGUAGAGCAAACACGGAUCGCAAUUCUUGAUUGCCUGUUUGAAUUGGUUUUACUAACAGAUCCAGCAAAUUUCAGCCGUGGCCAUAAGAAGUGCCAUUUCAUAGGCCAACGCUUGGAGACUUAUAGAAGUUUAUUUUAUCAUUAAACUGCUGUUAGAUCGUCAUGUUCAGGCCUACAUAAGGUUAGUUGUAAGCAGGCAUGAAGUUUGUCGAUCAGUCAAAGGGGUGUCGAAGAAUCUUAACUUAGUGUUUAUGGUGAGGAAGGUCUUGAAAAUGUUUUGAAAUGGCCACCGUCCGUAAGUGUCCUGAUUAUUGCAGUGUUUGCUUAUGGUAUUUCACAUGGAGUAACGCGCGAUCGCCUCCUGGUUGAAGUAACUUUAAAUACUCUAUUUCAUUUGUGUAUGCACACACUCAUCACCUUAAUCACCCCAAGCAAUGACAGUGAUUUUAAUAAAACUGAUUAUAAUCUUUACUUCUACUACGCCAGUACCACCAGAACGACAACUGUCGUUUAUAUUACCUACCGCGAUGAUUGCGCUAAAACAAAAAAAUCAAUAAUUUACACCUGCGAUAACCACUACAAGAUCCUGGAAUACGGAAGAAAUAGAUUGUGCAGAUUUUCACAAAUCAGACACAGCUUAUAUUUAUAAUUCAACCUAUGCGGCACUCUGGACGAUGCGGCUAGUAAGUGAUCUAUUAAACCUCAGCUGCAAAACUAAGAAAUUCGCUCUUUUCUUACUGCCAGUCGCCCUGGUUAACUGGCAACAGCUUCAGCUAACAACACUCUGGUCAUUCGUCAGACACCCGCGAGGAAGACCGUUUGCACUUCCAUCCGCGAAGAAAUACUUUAAAAAAGUCUUUCUGCGAAAGUACCGACUGAAGCUUGUAGUUUGAACUGGAAAAUUGUCAGCGAAAGAUAACUCCUAAUGGUACUUGAAUUCACCUGCGCUGGGAGUUAAAGAUGUCUGGGUUAUUUACAAAUAUCUAAGUUUAUCGCCAGGGCGUUCACCCUGUCAUGGUACUUCAUGGUUCAGCAGGCUACCAUGUAGCAUUUACCAAUGCGAUUACACUUCCAUGGAAUUGCACUGUUACAUAAAACCGCCGUUAAGCGCAUAGAUAAAUCUAAUCGACAUUCUGCCCACGCACGCCAUUCAGAUUAUUGGUCCCCGCGUCAAACUGUGCUUCUCACCUGAUGCCACCAAGACUGACGCCGAUGCCUUCAAGGUCGCUCUGUCAAAUCUGGACAAAGCUAUUAAGGGUUCCUAUCUCCUGGGUGCGUCCGUCUACCUUCUAUUCAGUACUGUUUUGUGUCGAAACAGGCAUUCUUAUUCUCUUUAUUAGUCGAUAGCUUUUGCGCUAUGCGACCCGACUUGCCAUCUUGUUGCCAUUAGGUGACGCUCAUGGUGCUCGGUAAUAACUACUCUUUAUUCCGUUGCCCAAGAGGAUUUUUGGUUGGAUACCAGUGUCGCAACACUCCGUUACUUAUGCUAGUAUUAUUGCAGUUAGUUACCCAUACUGGAAGCGUUGGUAGAGUAGCACUGGCAGCCGUGGUGGCAGUGGUAAUAGUAGUAGUACUAAUAGUAGGAUUAUUAGUAGUAUUCGCCGUAUCAGUGGUGGUAGACGGGGGAAAAAGUUUUCUUCAGUGUUGCGACACUGUAUUCCCGCCAGUGGUAGUAGUAUUAGUAGUAACAGCGGUAGUAGUGGUAGUAGUAACAGUAGUAGUGGUGGUGGUAGUAGUAGUAGUAUUAGUGGUAGUAGUAGUAGUAGUGGUAGUCCGCCCGUAAGACAGGCUGGGGGGGGGAAUAGACAAUUCUAAGUGUUGCGACACUGUAUUCCCGCCGGAUUUUUGUGGAUACGACUGCAUCCCACAAAAACCUUUAUAUAUAGACAAAAUUACAGGUAUACGGCACGUUCCAUCUGGAAACAUAGUCCAGGAUUUUGCCUUAGCAUUUUUAUUUGUAAAGUUCUUGUUUUUUUGCCUAUUUUUCAUGGUGUUUACUUUCUUUGCCCAGCUCGUCUUCAUUCUAUAACCUAUCCCGCAGUCCAUUCAUGACGGUGUAUUUUAUGAAAAAAGGAAUGUCAACGGGUCUGACGGUUUUAAAUUUUUUUGCAAAGGGGAGAAAUUGAGUCUGGCUGAUUUGGCUCUGAUUCCUUUCCUCACUGCAUGGGGCUUCGUUAUGAACCGACUGCUUGUUGUGGACGACGCCUCCGGUGCCGGUGUCGAGACUGUCGCAUCUCAGUGGCCCAACGUGCUGAAGUAUCGUCAACUCAUGAACCAGAAGCCAUACAUCAUGAAGACCACCUUCUCGGAUGAUGAAUUUGCUAACUUCGCCGAUGCGUACGGCUUGAAGAAGCCGGCUGCAAACUCCUAG